GCAGCGGCGGAGAAGAAAAGAGCAGCGGCGGAGAAGAAAAGAGCAGCGGAGGAGAAGAAAAGGAUACUGGAGCAAAAGAAAGCACUGGAGGGGAAGACCGCUGCAGAGAAGAAAGCAUUAGAAGAGAUGAUGGCUGUAGAAAGGAAAGCACUGAAGGAGAAAAAAGAGCUGGAGGCAAAGAAGAAGGCGGAAAGAGAAGCUGAAGCGGCACGUAAGGCUGCAGCUGCAGCUGAGAAGGCGAGACUCGCUGCGAAAAAGAAAGCGGAGAGAGAGGCUGCAGCUGAGAAGGCGAGGCUCGCUGCGAAGAAGAAAGCGGAGAGGGAAGCUGAAGCGGCACGCAAGGCUGCAGCUGCAGCUGAGAAGGCGAGACUCGCUGCGGAGAGGAAAGCCCGAACAGCUGAGGAGGCGGCACGGCAAGAAGCCAGAAAGAAGCAGGCGGUGGCCGAGGCAGCAGCGGCAGAGGAGAGACGCCUAGCUACCGAAAGGAAGAAAGAGGAGUUGUUGGCGGCGGCAAUCGCGAAUGCCAAGUUGGAGGAGGAAGCCGCAGGAAGUGAUUCUUUCCCCGGACAUACCAGUGACCAGGGAAAUGAAGACGCCACUACCAAUGUGGAUCCGACCACCCUCACAGAGUCAGAGCUGCAGAAGGGCCAGACAUUGGAGCGACUCCAACAAGGGGAGUGGAUCAUAAUGUUCCCGCCUGAUACGCCGAACCCACGUGAGUAUAGAAGAUUGUUUUACCCAGACGACCACAGCACAUCGACGGAUUCCAGUUCGGAGGACUCGGAAGUCGACGCAUACCAUGACCUGGAAUAUGUCUCGGAGGACGACCCGGACUAUUUCGCAUCCGAGGAUGAAGAGACUUCCACGAACAAUGAGAGUGAAGAAGAUGAGGUGAGCGUUGAUGAUGUUGAUGAUGAUGACUGUAUCGCCUCAUUCGCCAGCAGCGCUUUUGGAAGCGCCAUCGGGGGCGCCGUGCGCGUGCUGGCACCUAUCAUCCUCCAACACGUCACCGCGCAAGAAGAGAUGGCGCUCACCUGGCGGCUCCCGCAGGCGCUCCCGGCUUCACCCGAAGACGAGGCCAACCGGACUUCGGAAACACUACACUCACGACGACGAUGGAAGUUGGUUGAUCCCUCGCCAUACAGCGAUACGGACUCUAUGCUCGACCUUGGCCGCGGCGAGCGCUUCAUGAGCCCAGAGGAAUUCGAGACCAUGGCGUGGAAGCAGCCACAAACGCCUUCCCGCCCGCCGUCGUCGUCAGUGCGGAGGGAUCCCAUGAAGAAGUGGUAUAUGUGGGGCCUCACAUUCUUUGCUUUCUGGUACGUACUCGGGCAUUACUACAGAGAGCGGCAGGACUAUAUGCACGGCCCUGGGAUCAACCCGUGGGAGGAUGUACCGAGAAUGUUGCGGAGGUGGCAGAUGUCUAGUGUUGCGGGGCGGGCGAUGGAGGAAAAGGUCUCCAGUGGGUAUUGAGGAAUCACGGGGUGCUUCGUGUACGGUGUUGGUGCCACUUGCUUGUC